AUGAUUGGUGCGGAUGGCGUCAGCAAUACCCUCGAUGACGUGAUUGCAGUGGCCAAAAACGCGGAAAACGCGGGUCUCGACAAUGUCUGGCUGGCGAAUAUCUUCAGUUUUGAUGCCAUCACUACGCUGGCCUUGAUCGGUCGGGAAACUCAGCGCAUUGGUCUGGGGACUGCGGUCACGCCAACUUACCCACGCCACCCAACAGCCAUUGCACAGCAGGCUUUGACCACGGCCGCUGCCACCAACAACCGUUUUACUCUUGGCAUCGGUCUUUCCCACAAAGUUGUUAUCGAGGAUAUGUUGGGCAUGUCGUACGAUAAGCCUGCUAAACAUAUGCGUGAAUAUCUGAGUGUGCUGAUGCCGCUGGCCCGCGGUGAACAGGCCAACUUUGAAGGUGAACAGUAUCGCGUGCGCGGCGUGGCACUUGAUGUACCCGGGGCAGAGCGCUUGCCGGUUGUCAUUGCAGGCUUGGGUCCGGUGAUGCUGAAGCUGGCUGCCCAAUUGGCUGAUGGUACCAACACCUGGAUGGUGGGUCCAAAAACCAUGGAUGGCCAUAUUCUGCCUGCCCUGCAUGAUGCCGGUAACGCUGACCCAACCGUUGUUGCAGGCAUGCCUAUUGUGCUGACCACUAACGUGGACGCGGCUAAAGAGAAGAUUGCCAAGGAACUCACUAUCUAUGGCCAGCUGCCCAGCUAUCGCGCCAUGUUAGAUCGUGAAGGGGCUGCAGGACCGGCAGAUAUCGCCAUUGUUGGAGAUGAAAAUCAGCUGCGCGGUGAAAUCAAACGCUUUGCGGACAUGGGUGUGACCGACUUCAAUGCGGCCAUCAUGAAUACUGAAGCUGGCGCCUACGACCGCACGCUGGACGUUGUACGCAUUGUUUUUCUGCGGGGCUCACCGGAACGCAUUUAUUACACGCAGCGGCUGGGGCGAUAUUCGGUGCUGCUGGCGGUGGUCGUCAGCGCCGCAACCCAAGCCGUCUAUUUCCAGGACAACGUGGUGUUUGUGAUACUGCGUGUGUUUGCUGAAGUGACCAUGUUCAUGCUGAUGAUGGUACUGCUGACUGCCAGGAUUAGCCGCCUGCGUCUGGCUAAAGUUCUACUGACCUUAGUGUUGAUCAGCCUGCUGACCGACAGCGUACUCACGCUGUCAGGUGUUGGUCUGAAUCUGGCAUCCAUAGAACUGAGUCUGCGCGCCUUACCCGCGUACCUGCUGGCCGCGUUUGCCCUCUACGGCGCGUCCAGCGUUGUCGCCUGGGGUUUGAACAAGCCGCUGGUGCAAGGUGCUGGCGUAAUGGGUGUAUACGUUGUGGCGGUUAGCUUGAAUGGCUUGACAAACAUAGCCAUGGCGCUGGAUACCUUGCCGGAUUACGGCAGGGUGAUGCUGCUGGCGUUCCUGCUGACGCUGGUCCUCUAUGGGUUUACCCGCUUGUUACCAGGCGACAUGGGUUCAACGUUGCAGGUGCUGUACCGCAAAGGCGCCUUGUUGGCUCUACUGGGUGUACCCAUGGCGGUUUACCUGAUCAAUGUGCAGGUGCCUGUGCCAGUUGAUGAAUAUCAAUCCUACAGCACGCCCGUACCCGGUUACCUCGCUGGUGUUUUUUUGCUGAUCUGGCUGAUGGGUGUGUUUUAUCACCUGCGCAUCGCUGUUGGCGUGGUGCAGCAAACAACGACGGCUUUGAGCGAGCACACAGGUGGGUCGGCAAACAUAGUUGCACGCUGCACGCACUGGCAACAGCGACUUGCCUACCCUCAGCCGGUUCGUGUCUGCGUAGGUGGUGCUGAACAAGCCUGGCAUGUUGGUCCCUCACGCCUGCAAAAUCGUACUGCGGUGAUCUGUUUGCCUGCGGCGGCUGCAAACUGGCCCGCAGGAUUAGUAGAUGUUUUGUUACUCAGCCAGCUGGCUCAGCUUAAGCAGAGUACCUGGCGCUGGUUGGUGUUUGGUCGUCUGGUACAGGCUCUUUAUUGGCCUGCCCCCUGGGUCAGCGAACUGGUACAGCAACUGGCCCAGCACCUGGUUGAACCUGCAGAGCGGCUUGCUGCGUCAGCAUAUCGAGACAAUGAAGGCUGGGCACGGGAUGUGCGCAAGCUGAUCAAGCGAACGGAUACUUUGCAGGACAUUCCGGCGCUUGAGACCAGAGGGCUGCUGCGAACGCCAAGUCGUGGCGUGCAUUGGCUGCCGCCAAAACCGCAGGUCGACAGGGUGCGGGUUGAUGGGGUCGUAUUUGAAGAGAAAUGGGCCGGCACCAAGCGGCGCAGGAAAGACAAAAUCCGAGACCCCUACGAGCAGGCGUACUGGCUGAUCGCAGUCGCAUCAAUUGUGGUAGGCGUGUCGACCACGCUUACCGUUGUGCAGCGGGCGCCUGAGUUUGAGCCGAAGUAUCUGAAUGUGAAAUGGCAGGAUCAGAUGGUCCGUCGGUUAUAUGACGAAUCUAUUGCGCCCGAGUCAGCACCCGUUGCAGAACAGAGCCAGAUAGAUAACGAUAUGAGCGCAAUAGAUGAUUUUUUAGCUAACAAUGCAGCGUACGCGACAGACUUUUCCAAAGGGUCACUGCCCAUGCCACCGGCGAAACAGAUUGCGGCGGUUGUUUGUAUGGAUGCGCGUAUGGAAACAGGUGCGAUGCUGGGUCUCGCAGAAGGUGACGCCCACGUGAUUCGAAAUGCGGGUGGCGUUGUAACAGACGAUGUCAUUCGUUCGCUGACGAUCUCUCAACGGCUGUUGGGUACCCGGGAGAUCAUGCUCAUUCACCAUACGGAUUGCGGCAUGCUUACCUUUACCGAUGCCGAUCUGAAACAAUCAAUUUUCGACGAAAUCGGCAUGAAGCCACCGUUUGCGUUGGAGGCAUUUGAUGAUAUCGAUGUCGACGUACGCCAGUCUCUCGCAAGAAUUAAGUUAAUCCGCGCAGCAGAUGCUCGCGUUGUCGUAUUUCCCGAGAUGUCGAUUACUGGAUACGAGCUUGCCGCAGAAGUGGUUGAUCCAGAGGAUGCUCGACUUGAAUCUAUUGUCAGUGCCUGUGCCGACACAGGCGCGCUCGCGCUUGUCGGUGCGCCUACGCGGAGCGAUCUAGGAGACCACAUCUCGAUGCUGUGUGUUGCAGGCAGCGGCGUGACCGUGGCGUACAGUAAAAUGUGCUUGUCAGCGACUGAGGCAGAACGUUUCUGCGCUGGUAACAGCCCCGUGGUUAUCGAUGUGGAUGGUUGGCGGCUGGGGCUUGGGAUCUGUAAAGAUACAGGUGUGCCAGCGCAUGCCCAGUCAACGGCGGAUAUCGGUAUGGAUAUCUAUGUUGCAGGGGUAUUGGACUCGGUAGAAGAAUCUUCAAUUCAGUUGGAACGUGCGCAACUUAUCGCGGCGCAUCACGGAGUCUGGGUGGUGUUUGCAAGUUUUGCGGGCGCCACGGGUGGCGGUUAUAGUCAUGCUGCGGCACAAUCGCGAAUCUGGGCGCCCGAUGGUGCUGUACUGGCAUGUGCUGGUGAGGACAAACCCAAUGUUGUUCUGGUGGUGAUGGACAAUCUUGGCUGGGGAGAAAUUGGUGUCUAUGGCGGUGGCAUUUUGAGGGGCGCACCGACACCUCGGCUCGACGAACUUGCUGCUGAAGGUAUGCAGUUCCUGAACUUUAAUGUUGAGACGCAAUGCACACCGAGUCGCUCAGCAUUGAUGACUGGACGUCAUCCGGUUGAAGGUCGUUUCCCCACAGACCAGGGUUUCGAUGAAUGGUAUGGCAUUGCCAACACCACAGAUGAGGCGACGUAUUCUGCAGGAUUUCAGUUCGAUCCUGAGGUUGUCGAGACACCACAUAUUCUAGAGAGCACCAGAGGGAAAAAGCCGAAAGAAGUAAAGGUUUAUGAUCGGCAGGCGCGCGCUGAAAUUGAUUCCGAUCUAACGGAUCGAGCGAUCAGGUUCAUGCAGCGUAGCGUGAAAAGCGACAAGCCCUUUUUUGCAUAUAUUCCGUACACACAGGUGCACCUGCCGACGAUACCGCAUCCCGAAUUUUCCGGUACCACGGGUAACGGUCGUUGGGCCGACGUGUUAACUGAAGUAGACAGUAGGGCCGGACAGCUGCUGGAUGCGAUUGACGACCUUGGUAUUCGGGACAAUACCGUUUUCAUCUGGAUGAGUGAAAACGGCCCGGAAGAGAUCUAUCCUCACCACGGAACCUCUGGGCCUUGGCGUGGCACAUACUUCACAGCGCUCGAAGGUUCUCUGCGGACGCCAUUCCUGCUUCGCUGGCCUGGAAAGGUCGAAGCUGGGUCGAAACACAAUGAGAUCAUGCACAUCACCGAUCUUUAUCCAACGCUUGCUCGAAUUGCGGGAGCAGCUGCGCCAACUGAUCGUGCAAUCGACGGCCUGGAUCAGCUCGAUUUUAUUACUGGUAAGGCUGAGCGAUCGGCGCGGGACGGUUUCCCUGUCUAUAACGGAGAUACGCUUCAAGGGUACAAAUGGCGCAACUGGAAACUGCACUUUAAAACUCAGGAAACGAUGGGGUCGGUCAUUGAACAGCCUGGUAUGCCGCGACUGUAUAACCUGCUCACGGAUCCGAAGGAGCAAUACGAUCUCAUCGCGCACGGUGGGCGGGAUGGUGAAGACAAUUUCUGGGUAAUGCCUGCGAUAAUGAAACUGCUGAUGAAACACGCAGAGAGCCUUGCUGCAGAGCCGCCCAUUCCGUUAGGAACGCCGGAUCCUUAUGAGCCAGCCAAUCCUUAG